CCCACGCUUGAGACUCUCCCUGUCCUCGCUCAGUCGUAUUUUGCACCAAACAAAUAUCAAGCCACAAACUUGUGCAACUCAUUCUGUCAUUGGUUCCUUAGACACUCCAAACUUUCAAUAUUUAAAUAAACAAACACAGGAUUUCUGGCUAAAAGGAGUUGACACACACUGCUGAGCUCUAUCUCAAAUAAAUGUUAAGUUUCACAGCUUUCCCAUUUUAGCCUCCUGUGUGUGGUUCGCACUGAUCUGUCCCCGUAUAAGACAAAUGUUUGUUUUUGGAAACGUUCAGUCUCAGACUGAUCCAUGCUGCAGCUCUUUCAAUAAUAUCGCAGCUCCAAACAUCCUCUGUGGAGGAGAUGGUUCAAGUAUUACAGGUGAUGAUUCUGAUAUAAAAAUCUCUUUGAAAAAAUAUUCACUUCUUUGCAGUUUGAUGUGCUAACUCUCCUCCUGAGGUAAAACAGUAUUUUCUGCUCUUUCCGUGAGGUAAACGAUGUUAAUGAGCAGAGCAGGAGCGAUCAUACCGUGAACCACAAAAGACUUCCUGGAAACUCAAUCUCAGGAGGCAGGGUGGUGUUUCAGAUGGCUCUUCAGUCCCAGCAGUUGAUUGGACGAUCACACAGAGUGAAGAAGAGGAUGUCAGCACCAGACACGAACACAGAUGGGACCAGCUCCAAGUAUUCUCAGCUUCAUGUAAAGAAACAGGGAAACACUGAUGCUGAGCUGCGGGAUGCUGAUGGUGAAGGAAAAAAAGGACAACAUGUAUAUUUGAAUCACUCCUCCACCCCUCAUCUGCAUCUUACGCACGAAACUCGACAAAAACAAACCUGAACGCUGCAUAGCAGCGCCGGGUUUCCUGCCCUGCCUCCUCAUCCUGAUUUUGGUGGAAGCAGAAGUUCAGUAGCAGCCUCGGGGGUGGUGGUGGUGGCUUUGGUCCUGUUGAACCCUGACCCCUCACAUCACCUCUUCCCCCACCAUGUCCAACGACAGCAGCCUCCUCGGUGUCUGGGAGGCCUCCAAUUGGGCAGAUACCACUCAGUGCCCGCCCUCAGUAGGCGGGGCGACUUUCCUGAUCGUAGCGUACAGCGCUGUCAUAGCGAUCGGGUUGCUUGGCAACACAGGCCUAGUGUUCAUCAUCGCCCGGCAACAGGAGUUGCGCAACGUCACCAACAUCCUGAUUGCCAACCUGUCGUGCUCGGACAUCCUCAUGUGCGUGGUGUGUCUCCCUGUCACCGUCAUUUACACCCUGAUGGACCGCUGGGUGCUGGGAGAGGCCCUGUGUAAGGUGACUCCCUUCGUUCAGUGCAUGUCAGUGACGGUUUCCGUCUUCUCCUUGGUGCUGAUCGCUCUGGAGCGCCACCAGCUGAUCCUCCAUCCCACCGGCUGGUCCCCCGCUGCCAGCCACUCCUACCUGGCUGUCGGGCUAACGUGGCUGGUGGCUUGCUUCAUCUCUCUGCCCUUCCUCUCCUUCAACAUCCUCACCAACGAUCCCUUCCAGAACAUCAGCCUGCCCGCCAACCCCUUCAGGGACCAUUUGAUCUGUAUGGAGCGCUGGCCGUCGGAUAAGCAUCGUCUUGCCUACACCACCUCCCUGCUGCUCUUCCAGUACUGCCUGCCGCUCCUGCUGGUCCUCCUCUGCUACCUCAGGAUCUUCCUACGCCUCAGACGACGCAGGGACAUGCUGGAGCGCAGCAGGAGGACUCGGGGAGCCCAGAGGAUUAACGUUAUGCUUUUAGCCAUUGUUGUAGCUUUCGCCCUGUGCUGGCUGCCGCUCAAUGUCUUCAACACAUUGUUUGACUGGCACCACCAGGCCCUGCCCGACUGCCAGCACAACGCCAUCUUCUCCGCCUGCCACCUGACGGCGAUGGCCUCUACCUGCAUUAACCCUGUGGUGUACGGCUUCCUCAACAGCAACUUCCAGAGGGAGCUGAAGGCGACGCUGCAGCGCUGCCAGUGCGGCAACCGGUCGGCGGAGAGCUACGAGAGCUUCCCUCUCUCCACCGUGGGUAGCGAGGGCAUGACGAAAGCCACCUCCCUCAACAGGAUGGGAUCGGUGUGCAUCCCUUCACCCAGACCUGAGAUCAGCUCAGCAAUACCAGCCAAAACAAUACCAGCUCACACCUAACUAUGAGCGCUGGAGUAACUGUUGUCCGACAAGAGGCUGGCGAGGAAACGGCUUGUGGAGAGUCUGACAGCCGGAGCUGAGCGAGUCAAGCAGCACUUCAACUUCACUUGACUUCUGUAACUUUCCUGCCAGAGUGAAACAGCUCGGCUUCAUGAGAUGAGACGUUCAGGGGCACAGAUGGAUGGUUGAUGUGGCUUCAAGUCCGGAACAUGAGAACAAAAUCUUGUAAAUGUUGAAGGACACGGAGAGAAAAACAAAAGCUUCAUCAUCAUUUUUCAAACAAUGGCUCUGUGAUUUGUCACCUGAAGCUACUGAAGGCAGCUAAUUAACGUAAUAAAUCUGGGUUAUUAUUAGUCUUAAAACAUGUAAAAAAAAAAAAAGUCAUAAAUAUGCACAUGAUAGUGACAUACGUGAUGCUCAAAUAUAGUAAAUAUAUAAAGCUAACAGGUUCAAUGUAAAAAUGUUUUUUUAAAGUCAUAAUCAUCAUCAGUUGAUGAUCUGGAAACUGAUAUUAUAAUAGAGUGUAAUGAGAAAAAAAUGUAAGGAAACAUCCUGUAUUCUACAGGAAAUGAUUCUUUCGUUCUAUAUCAGAUGCGUAAAGAUACUUUACAAGAGAAAAUCAUGAAUGUAGGCACAGACCUGGGGGCCGCGUUGGAGGUGUGGCUCCGUUCAGUCAUACGUAAGCCGCUCAGUGACACGUGAAGCCAGAAGGGUUCCAUUUCCAGACAUGAAAUCACAUGAAAGUCCGCACUGAGUGGCCCAAGACGUCAUCGCCACCGUUCUGCAGUUUGGUCACUAUAUUGGCUCAGAGAAGAAGGAGACGAGGACUAACCGAUGUGUUUACCUGCCACCGAUGGUCCCUCCCCUUCAGCUAUGGAGACAAGAUGACGACCACUGAAGGCGUGCAGCGUUCCACACUUAUGAGUGAACUAUCCAGUUAGGACGUACAGUGUGAAUGUAUGUAAGAAACUGUCAGGUGGGAAGUUACUAACAAACUAGUUAGCUAGUUCGUUAAACACUAACCUGUCUUUGGAACAUUGCUGGCCCGGGUUGGGUUCUGCCGGGACUGACGACAACGACGAAGAAAACCGAAAGAAUGUUUUAAGCUGUUCAUGAAAGGAAACAAGCGGCUGACGUACAUGUGUUUAUAUGUAACUUUGCAAAGUGUAAAUGAUGUCGUUAUGAUAGUGAACACUGUUGAUAAGCAUGCCUUAGUGAGCAUUUUCAGUGUGGUGGAGAGUAUCAGUGCUUGACUUUAAUGGAAGUAAAUUAGGCUGCUUAACAUUAGUGUAUAUAACAUCAUUACAAACCACUGAACAAGUCAUAGAUGUGAUAUAAUGAGCAUUUAGAGAUGAAGUUAUUAUCAACGCCAACUCAGCCUUACUUUUCUGAAUGAGAUGAAACUUUGUAGGAAUGUUCCAAAUACUGAAGAUUCAGCACGUUUUGUAGCAGUCAUCAGACCGAACACAAUGAAUAUGAACUCGAAGGUUAAGAUACGAUCGCUGAUUGUUUUGUUCAGAUCUCCUCUUGGCUCAUUGAUGCUUUGAAACAGUUUUCAGAAGUUAUAUCUUGAAGUUUCGGUGCAUCUUCUGGUCAUCUGAGUUUCAUUAUAAAACACAAAAAUUGAAACAGAAAAACAAAGAUUUUUUCUUUUUCAGGGGAUGAGCAAAAUCUUAUUGCUAGAAAACAGAAACAAAAGAAGAGAGGCCGGAUGUGUUCAUUUACAAACAGGAUUAUCAGCCUCGCUUCAGCUCGAGAUAAAACUUCUUUAAAGCUUACUCAGAACAAGUCCGGUCAUCUGCAGAAAUUUCCAUACAAAUUUCAAUUUAAACUUUAAAUUUGACCUUUUUAAAUUUGAAGUUUUCAACUUUUGACUGACGUUUAAAAAUAUCCAAAUGUCAUUUCAACACCCAAUUUUCACUAUUUUUAAAUUUUUUUACUUUUGGUUAAAUUUAUCCUCCAUGAGCUGGGUGGAAAAUCUGAUACAAAAUCAGAGAAUGUGGCUUAAACUGAUGUAACAGUGAGUAUUGAGCGUUUUCUAUUUUGCUAAAUGUCAAGUUUGUCGGUUCAUUGUGGCAUCAUGUCAUUAAAAGUCUGAAAAAUGUAGAUGUGCGUGGCUUCAUCCAGUAAUGUGCU